AUGGACGGAAGCGGCGGCGGACGAGGCGGACGCAGCGGCAAGGGCAAGAGCCGGAAAGGAAAGAAACAGGCCAUCGCCACAGGUGCGUCUCGUGCGCAUGACAAGUCCGUGCGAAGCGCGUUGCAAGGCGGGAAGAAAGGGGGCGCAGCUGGGCAGUCGGCCGAGCUCACUGACUCGCCCACUGCGUCCGUGUCCAAGUCGCUUUCUGCACGACAAGUCGACAGUGGCAACAUGGCUACAAUUGUACCAGCGGAGCCGAGUACAGCGACGACGAACAAGACAAAGCGCCAGAGGCCCAAGAAGACUGUAGGGCAGCAGCAGACGAUGAUAACAAAGAAUAAGAAGAAGAAGAAGAAGGGAGAGGUGACGUCUGAAGGUGGCAAGCAGAACAAAAAGAGAAAGCGUAAUGUGUCUGCGACAUGUAAAAGCACCGGAGGGACGUUGGCCACAGUCUUGAAGGAAGGAGGAGAGCUGGCGGUGAAGAACAAGUUGCGAUCGGUGUCGCCACCGUUGGUGCAAAAACCCACGGGUGGAUUUGGUGUAAAACAUGCUGCGACAAAGGGGAAUAAGGUGGAAGCAACAAAUUCGACGGGCACCAUUGCACAGGUGAGAGAAACGUCUGCGAAGCCACAAGUGCAGCAAGCGCUAAAGCGCGAGCACACAAAGACCGACUCAUCUUUAGUGAAACCGCGUUUGCUAGCACUUCCAAGUACAACAGCAAAGAAGGUGAAGGCCAAACUGAAAGUGGGCGCUGCUCGAUCCUCUGGCAUUUUGACGCCUGUGCUAGAAAAGUCUUUGGUAACUGUGAAAAAACACAAGCCAGAGGAUGAAGCUCAAGAGGUUGCUAAGGCAAGGACUUCCAAGUCGACUGCAACGCGAGCGGGCAGAGCUCACCAGCAGUCGUCACCGCAGCUGCAGCCGAAAGCUAAGGUUCAGCAGGUCGCUGUCGAAGCGAAGACAGCCGAUUCAACUGCAACGCGAGCGAGCAGAGCUCACCAGCAGUCGUCACCGCAGCUGCAGCCGAAAGCUAAGGUUCAGCAGGUCGCUGUCGAAGCGAAGACAGCCGAUUCAACUGCAACGCGAGCGAGCAGAGCUCACCAGCAGUCGUCACCGCAGCUGCAGCCGAAAGCUAAGGUUCAGCAGGUCGCUGUCGAAGCGAAGGCAGCCGAUUCAACUGCAACGCGAGCGAGCAGAGCUCACCAGCAGUCGUCACCGCAGCUGCAGCCGAAAGCUAAGGUUCAGCAGGUCGCUGUCGAAGCGAAGGCAGCCGAUUCAACUGCAACGCGAGCGAGCAGAUCCCACCAGCAGUCGUCACCGCAGCUGCAGCCGAAAGCUAAGGUUCAGCAGGUCGCUGUCGAAGCGAAGGCAGCCGAUUCGACUGCAAUGCGGGCAAGCGGAGCUCAACAGCCGUUGCCGCAAAUCGAUGCAGCGAUUGCAGCGAGGCGGAAGUGUGAUACGACUACGACCGCCUCGCGCGUAGAAGUGGCAACGACAGAAGAUUCGUCUGCAAAUACCGAUAUUAAUUCGCCCUCGACUACUAUCGGAGACAACGUCGUAUGUCCAAGCUCAGAAUCCAGCACCUCGACGACGGACGUCGCUAUGUUUUCGACCCCGUCACCCGCUGUCUUGUCGACUGGAACUGUUUGUGACGAGCAUAUCUCCGAAGAGCCAGGGCCAAGUGGGGCAACCGACACUCUGCUUGAUACCAUCGAGACGUCUCGUGCUAUGGUCGUCAACGAUUCCUCGCGCCAACUAACAACUACACAGCUCGUAUCGUCACCACCAGAACGAUCUCAGGCUAGUGUUGGCUACAAGCGACAACUAUCUCAUGGUCGGGGGUUAGCAACCUCCGUGACUCCGUUGCAGCCGCCCUUGAAACGAAGGGCUGUAGCAAGCAAGCUUGCAGAUGACAUUGCCCAAGCAACAGGACCUGACGAGACACAACCGUCCGCUAAUCAAGCAGCAGCCGUGUUAGACCAUGCGUUGAAUCGUCGCGGACCAGAAGCAGCAGGUACUGCAGCCAAUACCGAGAAACCUCAUGCGUUGGCGAAAAGCGGCGAAGAAGAUGAACCAGAAUCGUCAGUAAGCGCAGACACGCCUACCUUACGAUCUGCGGUAGUAAGACUUGGCGUGACCGAAUCCAGCAAUCCAUGUCGUCCUUCGGCAUCAUCCACUCAACGAUUGACCGACUCGAUGCCACUAAGGCCGUCUGAGCGUUCGUCGGUGCAGAUUCAGGCGAUGUCGUCGAAAGAUCUCUCACCUUUUGCCAACGAGUCAGAACGGCUACUCACGACAAAAGAGGACGUCUCUGUCACGACAUUGAGCACAGACGGACAAGUUGGCGCCAAAUCUGCUGCAGCAAGUAUCGAAAGCAACGUGAAAGCUACGGAUACGGGCGUUGUCAUGGACAUUCCGGUGAAUUUGCAAGGCGCGAGGAGUAUGGAACCAAAAACAAGGAGUCGCAUUGGCAAUGCUUACUCUGCACAAGCCGUGCAGCCGACCGUCAGCUUGGCGCCACGUCCUCGAAAUGCUUGGGGCGCGUCAUUUGGUCUGGUCCCGCCAGCUCGCGAUGUAUCGUCCGUGUCGCGAACACUAUCGGCUACGCCAUUGAGCUCUUGGUUUCUAUCCAACGGUUGUGCAAAUUUCGUGAAACAAGUUCACUUCUCGGACGACGAUGCGGACGACGACAGCUGCAGUAGUAGCGACGAAGUUUCUUCGACCGGUGGUCUUGUCAUCAUAAAUGGAGUUGACAAAGCGUCGUUCAAGAGAAGGGCGUCGAUAACGAAGAAGAACGCCUUUUUGGGGUCACUCUUGACGCAGUCUCACUGGCGUAGUUGGUAUGGCAGCGUCGAUCCGCACAAUCUCUUGGACCCUCCGCUGUCCCAUGUACCAGAAAAACUGCGCAACCACGAGGUAACGGUUCUCUCUGCUCCAGAAGAAACGAUCGGGAACGACAGCAGUGUCUUUGCGACGAAGAAGGGUGAGCUUGAAAGCUUGGAGGCCGACAUCAGACGAGAAAAGCAGAGGGGGUUUGCAUUCGGUGAGCAACUGUUGAUGAUGCUUCGAGGCAAGACCGUGUCCGGCAAGUCCCUCGAGGAGGAGUAUGGACCACUAUUGCAAUAA